CUGGAACUUCGAUGCACGGUGUUCGGUGAGCCACGCUAACUGCGUCAUCAACUCCAUUGGUGUUUUGUUUUUGUUGUGUUUCAUGUCAUACUCCUCGGCCACUUGACGAUUUCACCCAUUUUGAAAGACUUUCUCAAGUAAUUACCCAAUCGUUUUGCCGAUAUUCCCAGUUAUCGCUACCAAUAUUUUCGUGUUUACCCGUUGCUCACGGUCAAUUCGCCGGUAGGACGUAAGUUGGAUGGAAAAUCUAAGUGUCCUUAUCAGUUGCUCUUAUCAACCAUCAGUAUUUUUUAACACACUUUUCGCCACAAGUCAGCUAACGUAAAACAGUCAGAUCCCCGACGACUGAAAUCAAGUCGGCUCGAGAUGGAUGAUACUUUCGACCAGUUUGAAGAUGAGGAGCCCUUGGAAACCUCAACGGUCAAUGGUCGGAAACGUUUGUUCUCGAAAGAAUUGCGGUGCAUGAUGUACGGUUUUGGUGAUGAUCAGAAUCCGUACACUGAAUCUGUUGAUCUCUUGGAGGAUUUAGUGAUAGAGUACAUCACUGAAAUAACUCACAAAGCCAUGGAAAUCGGCCGAACAGGCCGCGUGCAAGUAGAAGAUAUUGUCUUUCUCGUCCGCAAAGAUCGCAGAAAGUAUGCCAGGGUUAAAGACUUGUUAACAAUGAACGAAGAGCUAAAGAAAGCAAGGAAAGCAUUUGAUGAAGUUAAAUACGUCACUAGUUAAUUUUUUAUAUCUUUUCUGUACUUAAAUUAUUAAUUAAAUCUUGAGUAAAUUACCUUCCGUUUUCAACAUCUAUCAUAUUUUGUCGAUGUAGCACUGUAAGUCUUAGAAGUAUUAAUAUUAAGUAAGUUUCGCUGAAUCAUUGACUUUCAAUUCAUCUCAUAUUCCAAUUGUUAUUAAAUUUCACUUUUUUCACUCAGUUGUAAAAAAUAAUUUUUAAUUUUUAAUAAAUUUAAUUAAUAAUUCA